AUGCUUUAUGCUCUCUUGAGUUCAAAUGAAUUUGUUCAUUCGAGACAAUUCCAUUCUCGACAACCGGAAGAGAAAGAACGAAGAAAUUGGAAUAACGCAGAAGGAGAGCUUAAGUUGAGGAAACAUGAAAAGUUUAUUUAUAACGACUUGAGGAAGUUUCAAGCCCCAGUUCUAAAUAGCAACCAAGAAGUUGGUUACAAAGUAGUGUCUUCAUUUUGCUUCCAGGAAACAUUAUUUCGAUUAUAUUUAAAAGCUUCGAAUGAAAAAGUUUCAACAUACUUGAUGGAGGAACAAAUUUAG